GCGUAGAGCAGAUUUCCGAUCGUUCCCGAAGCGGAUUAGGGCUCUGGUCGUGCGUGUGCAGCUCCAUCAUCUCAGCUGAUCUGGAGGAUUCCCCUGCACAAACAAACAGCCCAGCCUGUGUGCGCGGCUCCGCGCGGCGCCAUGGACUUCAACGUCAAAAAACUGGCUUCUGGUGCGGGGGUCUUCUUUACCCGUGCGGUGCAGUUCACGGAGGAGAAGCUGGGCCAGGCUGAGAAGACAGAGCUGGACCCUCAUUUAGAGAACCUGAUCACCCGGGCGGACUGCACCAAGAACUGGACUGAAAAGAUCCUGAGACAAACAGAGGUGCUCCUGCAACCCAACCCAAUUGAUCAUACUGGUGCUCGAAUAGAAGAGUUCAUCUAUGAUAAACUGGAUAAGAAGAUUCCGUCGCGGGUGACAAACGCAGAGCUGCUUGGCCAGUACAUGCUGGAUGCUGCAAAGGAAUUUGGUCCAGGGACGCCAUACGGCAGCACCCUGAUCACAGUGGGAGAGUAUCAGAGAAGACUAGGGGGAGCUGAGCGCGAGUUCCUCCAAACAUCAGCCAUGACCUUCCUCACACCUCUACGCAACUUCCUGGAAGGAGACUGGAGGACUAUAUCUAAAGAGAGGCGACUUCUGGAGAAUCGACGGCUUGAUCUCGACAUCUGUAAAGCACGACUGAAAAAAGCUAAGCUGGCAGAAGCAAAAGCUGCAGCUUCACCUGAUUUUCAGGAGACAAGGCCACGAAAUUAUGUUCUUUCUGCCAGUGCAUCAGCGCUACACAGUGGCUGGGAGAGUUGGGAUGUGGAGACGGAUCCAAGAGUAUCAGAGCAGAGGAAGCUGCUGAGUGAGGAGGUGGACAAAGCAGAGCACGAGCUUCGUGUCGCUCAGACUGAGUUCGACCGACAAGCUGAAGUCACCAGACUGUUACUGGAAGGCAUCAGCAGCACACAUCUGAACCACCUGCGCUGUUUGCAGGAUUUCGCUGAGGCUCAGGCCACCUACUACGCCCAGUGUCAUCAUUACAUGCAUGAGCUUCAGAGGGAGCUCAACAGAUGUGCUAAUGCUGCCGGUGCCCCCCACUCGACUGAUGUGUGUCCCAACCCUGUCUCCUCUGCAUUCCUGUCUGGGCCAUCGUCUCCUGGGCCCACGGUCUCAUCCUCCUCCGGCCAAAAGCCCAGCUCACUGACUAUGGAGCAGACACAGCUCCCGGUCACAGGCGCCAGGAGGGCCAAGGUCCUUUAUGACUACGAUGCCCAUGAUGCAAGCGAGCUCUCACUGUUGGCUGAUGAGCUCAUUACUGUAUACACUGUACCAGGUAUGGACCCAGACUGGUUGGUUGGAGAACGAGGGAACGAAAAGGGAAAAGUCCCGGUCACCUACCUUGAACUGCUGAGCUAAUGGACCAAACAAUGAAACACACAUGCACACACACACACUGUUGAGGAAGUUUCUGUAAAGGCAGAUGACUAAUAUGAGACAUUGGUAGCAAAACAUCAUGUCAUGUUGUGAAGUUUUUAACCGUCUUAAAGUGGAAAUAAGGGUUUUUCUUGUAAUGUGUAUCCAGAAUGCAAUGAGCCCACACUUAAACUUCUGUCACAGUGCAUUUAGAGUGUUUUUAUACAGUAUAUCAGAAGAGAACAGACCACACUUUAUGCAAUGUACUGCAGGUUAACAAACUUUGGAUUCAGCUAUCAUUUCUAUCUGUUUCAUAGUGUGACAAAGCAGUGAAGAUGCACCGUUACACUGAUGAGUAGUAAAAGCCAAACAGUGUGGCUUUAAUGUCUCAGUUAAUUUUCAAUAAUACACAUACCCGUCUGCAAAAAAGACUUAUAGGAGCUGUUACGUCCAAACAUCUUGAAGCUGUGUUGGGUUGGUGUCAUUGUAACCCCACCACCAGAAAAAUCUGGUCUGAAAACAUCAACACAGACUUAUUUUAACAGAUUAUACAAAUGUAUGUCUACAUCACUGUUUUUGGACCAAGUGGGUGUAAAGAUGAACCUAUUUUACUCCACCAGCAACAACCAACAACAGAAGUAAAUAUGAAAAUAUUACUGUUAAAAUAUUUGACUCACUUGGCUGUUAGGUAAAGUGAUUGAAUGUUUUAUGAAGCAGGGAGGGGUUAAUAUCUAUCAUUCAUUCAGCUUCACAGAUGUCUUUUUUAUUUUCUCUUCUAAAAAGUUUGCAAUAGCACAAUAUCUUUCAUUUAACCAGGUUUGUGUCCAAAUCACGAAUAAGUCCAACUUCCUUGCAUUCUUGGGAAUUAUUCAAAACCCCGUGGAGUUGAAACUUUUACAAUCCAUUUUUGGAAAGCAGUACUGGUCAGUGUAAUGGAAACAGCCUCGGGCGUUUUAUUGUGAAAUUCUAACUUUAUGUGUAUUUGUGCAAUAGUCUGAUUUUAUUUUUGUUAAGUCAUUGUGUUUUGUUAAGAAUAUUAAAUUUAAAAAUGUCUCUCUUAUGAGGUUUGGUUACUGUCACAGUUUGACUUCUUAGCAGUAGCCACAAGCAAAACCAAGAAAAGCUACAUUAGAAGUUCAAUGAAAACAGCAUGUUGUAAUUUACUGCAAAAUGCUGAGCUGGCUUGCUCUUAAUAGAUGGUCACAUUCUGCCAGAUCAUCACCUGUCACAUUGGCACAUCAACUUACAAGAAAGUGGUGUCUCCUAUGACUAAGUGUUUAAAAAUGUGAAACGGGUCAUGUAAAGUGCUUGUUUGGAUGGUUUACUUAACCAGUAGUUGUGCAAUAAGUGUGAGUCAUAGUUGAGUCAUUUUGUGAGAAUUUUUAAAAGGGAAUCCCUGGUGAGAUUCAGAUCAAACACAAUAGUAAACAGCUGAGACAUGUGUCUGAGAUUUGGCACAAAUAUUCCUGGAUGUUAGAGGAGGAUUCUGAAUGACGCAUUUUGACCUCCUGAAUUUACCAUCAGGAUAAAAUAUCCCACAAUCUACACGUAACAUUUACAUCAAGGAACAUGUCUGUGUUCAUCCAUUUAAAGCAUGCAAAUUGUACUUUUGACAGUAGUAAAAAGCUUGCCCCAAUAGAAUAAAACACAUCCAUUAACUUUAAUGUGUGCAGGUGUAAGUGUGUGAGAAUGUGUAUAAAUGUAUUCCUGAUUUCUGAAAAAGUGGCUUUUGUUAUUCUUAGAUUUAUUUUGCUUAUGUUUUUAAUCCAGAGCACUCAUUACUGGUAUUGAUUGGGUGGGCUCAUGUUAAAAUGUGCAGAUCUGUUAAUGUUGUUAAUUUUUUUUGUCGUCCACUGACUUACGGCCACUGGUUUGAUGUGCAAUAAACAAGCAUGUGUGGUAAACU